CGGGCAUGCUCAGUAGCGUGGCUGCUGAGCAGGACUUUCUGGCAAGUCGGGGGCUCGGACGGAGCGUCAGCGCUCAGGGCGGCAUGCCUCAUAGGACAGAGCUAUAUCAAGAUACUCCAUCAACAUGCUGGCCCAUUGUGUAUUCACCAGAUUACAACAUUACAUUUCUGGGCCUGGAGAAACUACAUCCAUUUGAUGCUGGAAAAUGGGGGAAAGUAAUAAAUUUCUUGAAAGAAGCAAAGCUAAUUACAGAUGACUUGAUUGUACAGGCUCGAGAGGCAACCGAGGAAGACCUUUUAGUUGUUCACACAAGACAUUACUUGAAUCGAUUGAAGUGGUCCUUUGUAGUGGCUACGAUCACAGAAAUCCCGCCAGUCCUUUUUAUGCCAAAUUUCCUUGUUCAGAGGAAGGUGCUCAGGCCUCUGAGAACACAAACAGGAGGAACCAUAAUGGCAGGGAAACUGGCCAUUGAGCGAGGGUGGGCAGUUAAUGUUGGUGGUGGCUUCCAUCACUGUUCAGGUGAUAAGGGUGGAGGCUUUUGCGCAUAUGCUGAUAUUUCAUUGGCUAUAAAGUUUUUAUUUGAAAGAGUAGAAGGAGUUUCUAAGGCAACCAUUAUAGAUUUGGAUGCACAUCAGGGAAAUGGACAUGAAAGAGACUUCUUGGAAGAUAGAAGAGUAUAUAUUAUGGAUGUUUACAACAGGUAUAUUUAUCCAGGAGAUGGGUUUGCUAAACGAGCCAUAAAGCGGAAAGUUGAAUUGGAUUGGGGCACAGAAGACACUGAAUACCUUCAGAAAGUAAAAACUCAUGUGGAAGGUGCACUGAAUGAAAUGAGAUCAGACAUAAUUAUUUAUAAUGCUGGAACUGAUAUUUUGGAUGGUGAUCCUUUGGGAGGCUUAGCUAUUUCACCUGAGGGCAUUAUUGAAAGAGACGAAAUUGUGUUCCGAGUUGCUCGAAAACACAGGAUCCCUAUCCUGAUGGUGACGUCUGGGGGCUAUCAGAAGAGGACUGCGCGGAUUAUUGCUGAUUCUCUUCUCAAUUUGCACCGUCUUGGGCUGAUUGACCACGAGCUUGCAGCCCGGGAAGCUGGAAGCACGAAGGUAGAACUAAUGAGCAGGGAACGUAAGCAAGAUCAGCUGACAUGCCAGUAAAGGAGGAGAGUUUGGGAUCACUGCAUAAUAGGCAAUUAUAAUUGUUUAAUAUUUAAACCAUGAGAUGAGCAAUAUCCCAAGUUCUCAUAGAAUUAAUAUACACUAAUAGAGACAGAUACUUACUAGUAUCUUAUUUGCUUUCCAGUGACAGUCCUGUGAGGGUUGUCCUCACAACUUCUUCCAGUUCUUUUAAAUGCUGUUUUAUGAAUUUAACACUGGCCUAACAUCUAGAGUGGGUUAGACUCGCUGUGGUCUCAGUGAAGAAAUGAGCAGUACAUCUUCUUACCUCACAUGAUCUGGCUCUUCAAAUAGGAUUUGUGUUGUUUAAGGGAGGCAAGCCUUUCUGCAAGUGGUUGAAGGAACAUUCUGAAAGCUAGAGCAGAAUCAUUUUCUGGAGGACAGCCAAGAGAAUGCAAACAUGAACAUAAUGCUAAGAAAAUUGAGUGUGUAUAUAUACGUGUGUGUGGCGUCGUAACGUCUUCCAAUUAUUUCUAAAUAGAAUUCUAGUGGGAAAAUGGCAAGAUUUUAAUUUUUCCUUUAUCAGAAAGGGAAACUAAUAUGAGUCUCUUUUUGUUCAUUUGAAAUGUGAUUAUAUUUCAGAGCUACAGGCAAGGAUAUUGUGGCACCUGCUAGAUUCAUAUCUAUUUGUUUUUCCCCAUUCUUCCCAGAACUAUAGAACAGAAUACUGCUAUCUGUCUGCCUACUAUUUUCCACUGAAAAUUUAGGAUUAUAUGCACUAAAAUAUUACAUGUAAGGGUUAGAAUUUAUCACCGAACUAAAGUGCAAUGCUAAGUAGAACAUAAAUUCUAGUGAAACCUAUGGAGAUCCUGAAGUAACAUCUAAGUAAUUUGCUCCAGUUUUAACAGCAAAAAGGUAAAAUAAAACAAUACCUAACACUUCUUCUAAACUGGUGCCUAUCAAAAUUGCAUGAUUGAGGCACACUCUUUUUUAAAAAAUCAAAGUUGAAUGUAGUAACAUCUAUCCUUGAUUAUAGAUCUCACUGACAGUAAUUUGUAUUUCUUUAUAAUGGUACCAAUAUAUAAUAUGAAUUCUGAAGCGUGGAAAAAACUAUACAUGUAAAGUAAGAAUUUAAAAUUUUUGGUUUUUACUCACGUUUCUGGAAAGCGUGCAGAUUUUUUGAGAAGGAUAGGACAUACAAUAGUUUCUUUUUAAAUUGCAGAAAGCAAUUCUAUUAUGUAAACAUUCAGUGCUUUCUUUAAAUGGUGCAAUGCGUAUUAUUCAAGAAUAUUUUUUGAAAGGUGGUUCCUAAGAAGGGAAAACUUGCUUCUAGUCUCAGAAGCUUUUAUUAUUGGAGACAAUUGAUUAAUGGCCAGAAAAUAAAUGAGCAACAACAGGGAUUGAUUUGUAGGUAUGUCUGUGGGUCCUACAGAACUAAAGGCUUCUCCUGUGGGACACAAACUAAUGCUGUAAGAUUAAUGAAAAAAAAUUCUAGGGAAGGCAGUGGAGUACCAGAGGAUGUCAAUUCCUAGUAGCUUUGGAAUCUCCAGAUUCUGUACAUCAUCGUCGUCGUCGUCGUCGAAACUGAAAUACAGUAGAAAGCUGGCAUGCUGCAGAUUCUAGCAUAUUCCAAGCUCCAGAUAAGCUACAUACAUAGGUAUUCUUUGAAAAUGAAAAUUAUGGUAGUUAGGUACUUAGUUAAGUAUGCCAGUGUGCCAUGAGAAAAGUCCCCACCUGCCCAUUACAAAAAACUCAAAAAACAACUUGCCAUAAAUUUACUGGGAUGGUAGGGAGCAUCCUGAAGCUGGAGUGUGUAGCGGGAAGCAGAUAUGUGUCCCGUGACUGGCCACACCACCAUGAAAGCAUUUUGGGACUAAGAAGUUGGUACCCAGGGCAGUCAUUCUGUGAAAUCACCCACAAGGCUUUUGAAAUUGCAAAUAAACCCACUAGCCUGAAAAGAUUGGGCUAUUCCUGAAAUACAAAAUCAAAUACAUCCCAGUGCAUUCAUUUUAUUAUAGGUGUCAUUACACUAAAUUAGCUGUUUUGCAGAAAACGCUGUUUUUAGAAGCUAGAAAUCAUGAUGAACAUACAUGUGCAACUGAAGGGUAUCCUUUGGUCACAAAGGACCCAGGUGCAGGCUCACAGUUACAGUGCUAGCUUACAACACAGUCACAGAAUGUCAAUAUAUUUCAGUGGUUAGAAUAAACAUCUUGCACUGCUUGAGAAAUGAUGUAAUACAGCAACUUGAACUCAGUUAAUACUAAUUCUCAACCGGAGGCACGUUGUUAUAGAAAGAAGUCAAAUUUGCUAGGAAUGAUUUUCAUUUAAAUAAACUUAAUGAUCUGGGUUAAUAUUAAAUGGCAAUAUUAUCUUUAAAAAGCACUUUCCUCUACUGUUUAAAAUACUUAAACACUGAGAUGUAUUUUUUACGUUGUCUAACGUAUCUAGAGUUGUUAUAUGAAAUAAUUUUUUACUGUGUUUACAUUUGUAUUGAUUUCAGUCACUGUAAUAUGUACUAAAAUGUGAUUGUGUUUAAUUUUAUUUAUGGAUUAAAUUAAAA